AUUUGUACCUGCUCUUACACAUGAGAGAAAAGAACCUGGAAACAGUUGAACACAGUUGGAUCGUGCCACGAGACGCAUCUCUCUGAACAAGUGAUCAAAAUCUGUGAAAGGACCUGGGGAGCUCUUCGUCUUCUGUGACAGCAACAUGCUCGCUAAAUUAUUCCAUAAGUUCUCUUCUCCACAGCAGAGUGAGCCGCGGGAAACUCCUAAGCUACCAGCACGAAUAGCUAUUCACUAUGGAAUUCCAGCCACCGCAUCUAUCAUGGCUUUUGACCCUAUUCAACAGCUCUUAGCUAUUGGGACAUCGUGAGUAUGGAGCUUAAUUCAACGCAAUAUUAUUGUGUAUAAAGGCACAUAGAUAUACAUCAUCAGUAAGGAGAUUGCUAACACAUGGAUGAGCAAGAAGAGAUGGUAGGAUUAAAGUUGUUGGAGGGAACAAUAUUGAAGGCCUUCUUGUAUCUCCUAAGACACAGUCUUUCAAGAAUUUAGAGUUUUUAGAAAACCAAGGCUUCAUAGUUAGCAUCUCGAAUGAAAACGAAAUUCAGGUCUGGGAUCUGGAGAACAAACACUUGUCUUCUACAUUAAAGUGGGAGUCAAACAUAACCGCAUUCUCUGUUAUAUAUGGCACUCAUUACAUGUUUGUAGGGGAUGAAUAUGGUUAUAUGUCUGUACUGAAAUAUGAUGCUGAGAAAAGACAUGUUGUACAAUUGCCAUAUUAUGUUCCUCCAAAUCUUGCAGCCGAUGUGGAUUUAAUGCCCAGCCAACUAUCAAUUGUUGGGUUGCUUCUCCACCCAUGUUCAUUUGGAAAUAGAGUUCUGAUUGCUUAUGAAAAUGGAUUACUUAUCCUCUGGGACAUUACAGAAGAUAAAGCUGUUCUUGUUAGAGGUCAACAUCAGCAACCAAAGGAAAUUUUUGUUCACACUCAAAUAAGUUUGAACGAAGUACAUGCAAACGUUUCCAAUGACCAUGACCAAGCAGAGAAAGAAAUAAGUUCCAUUUGUUGGUUGUCCUCUGAUGGAUCAAUUGUUGCCAUAGGCUACGUAGAUGGAGACAUUUUCCUAUGGAACUUAUCUGUGCCAGACUAUUGUGAUGGUCACAAGGCUGAAAAUCAGUCUGAUAGUGUUGUUAACUUGCAACUAUCAACUGGAGAUAGAAGGCUUCCUGUAAUUCUUUUGCGUUGCUCUGCUAACAAAUCGCACACCAGUUCUGAAUGCAACCUUUAUGUCUAUGGUGGUGGUGAAAUUGGAUCUGAAGAAGUUUUGACGAUCCUUAAACUUGAUUGGUCAUCUGGGCUCACAGAAUUGAAAUGCACUGAUAGAGUAGACCUUAAACUUCAUGGAUCAUUUGGAGAUAUUAUUACAGUACCAAUUGUUUGCGAUGUGGAAAGAAGUGAUCUUAAUUCCUUUUUCGUACUGACAAACCCUGGACAGUUGCAUUUUUAUGAGAACACCUGCUUGUCUACCUUGAAAUCUGAGCAAGAGAACAAUCAUUAUGCUGACAGCAUUCCUUAUCCAGUAGAAAUACCCACUCUCAAACCAUACAUGACUGUGGCAAAGUCAUGUUUUCUGGAUAGGAAAUAUAACUUCCCAGGCAGUUUCUCAAAGACUAAGAUUGGAAAGGAAUCAAAGUGGCCUCUAACUGGUGGCCAUGCUCAAUUGUCUUUAACUGAAGAUAAUGGUGUUGAGAGAGUAUACAUAGCAGGACAUAACGAUGGAUGUGUCCGAAUAUGGGAUGCCACGUACCCAGUUUUGUCACUUAUGUUUGUUAUCUCAUCUGAGGUGAAGGGCAUGGAGAGCAUUAGUACUAGUGCAGCAGUAACAGCUCUAGACUUUUCCACUAAUUCAUUGAGUGUUGCUAUUGGAAAUGAAUCUGGCCAAGUUCACUAUUACAUGCUUGGCACCGGCUCUGGCUCUGAGAAAACAAUAUUGCACUUGAUCACUGAAACCAAAACUGAAGUUCCCCUUUCCCCAAGUGGUGCUGGGUAUCAAUGCACCGCUAUCUUUUCGCUUGUCAGUUCCCCAGUAUGCAUCCUGCAGUACAUUGCAUCAGGAUCCAAACUGGUUGUGGGGUUUGAAAGCAGCCAGGUUGCUCUGCUUGAUGUUGGUUCACCAUCAGUUUUGUUUCUUUUGGACAGUCUUUCUAGCUCAAGAUCUCCGGUCAGCUCUCUUUCUGUUAAGGCACCUUUGGGUAUUCAUCAAAGCACUGUGAACCCGGAAGGUGGAACAUCAUAUGAAAGUGGGAAAGAACUUGCUUUGUUCUUGACCAGAGAUGGACACAUUAUUUUAAUGGAUAUCAGCACCGGCAAUGUAAUCAAUACUCAGCCAGUGCAUCUUGAGAAAGUGACAACAUCAGUCUCUUUACAUAUUAUAGAGAGCAGCACUACAUCUUUUGAUGAAGGGUCUGACAAACACCCUUUGUUCAAGGAUAUUGAAAGUAAAGAUCAGUCAGCACAAUCUGGUCACGAUGAACAAAACAAUUACACAGAUCCCAACAAUCAUGUGAAGCCUUCUCAAUUACAGAAUAUUACUGAUUCUCAGAUUUUGGUUUGUUGCGAGGAUAUUAUUUAUUUGCUCUCUUUAAAGUGUGUUCUCCAGGGUAAUAACAUUACUCUCCAUGAAGUGAAUCUUGAUAAACCUUGUUGUUGGACUGCUUUGUUCAAGAGUGAUGAUGGAGAAUCUGGGUUGAUCAUUGUAUACCGAACAGGAGAUAUUGAAAUUCGAUCUUUGCCGGAUUUUAAGUUGCUGGGAGACACAUCACUAAUGUCAGUACUUAGAUGGAAUUUCGGAACAAAUAUGGAUAAGACGAUGAGUUCUCCCGGCAAAGGGAUUAUUUCACUGGUCAAUGAGUGUGAAUUUGCCAUUUUAUCACUGUACUCUGAAAAUGAUUUCUGGAUUCCGGAGCUAUUGCCUUGUUUUCAUGAUAAAGUCCUUGCAGCUAAAAUGAAUGCACCUUUAUGUCUAACCCAAAAUGAAGAGAAUAAAAAGUCUACUGUCAACAGCAUGCUUGCUGGUAUCUUAAAGGGUUUGAAAGGGGGAAAAGGAGAGCAGGUUAUUGACUACUCUACUGAACCUCGGGAAAAAUAUAUUGCACAUCUAGAGAGCAUAUAUUCUAGGUUCCCUUUCUCUGACCCUCUUACAGAUGUCAUGGAAGACGAAGGAGAGUUAGCACUAAACAUAGAUAAUAUUGAGAUUGAUGAACCCAUUCUCACAACAUCAUCAUCUCAUCAUAACAAUAAAUCCAAACAAGAAAAUGAAGAGAGAGAUAAGCUAUGUGAAGGUGGGUCAAUUGAUACUAAACCAAGACUCAGAACACGUGAAGAGAUCAUCGCCAAGUAUAGAAACAAAGGGGGUGCCACCUCUGCUGCAGCAGAAGCAAGAAACAAGCUUGUUGAGCGAGGGGAAAAACUUGAGCAACUAAGUGAGCGAACUGCAGAACUUCAAAGUGGGGCUGAAAACUUUGCUUCAAUGGCACAAGAGCUGGCCAAGUCAAUGGAGAAGCGCAAAUGGUGGAAACUCUAAGCUUUCCAAAUUCAUGUAGUACAGGCCACAGCUUAAACAAAUCUGUUGCAAAUCAGCAAGUCUUCCAAGUUCCAACGUAAUAACAUAUGCUGCUUUGUUUUGAUUAACUCGUCCUACUGAGCUUCAUACAGAGAUUAUGCUCUUGAGCAGUAAGAGAACGUUUGUUUGGUAGCAAAACAAUGUCUUCACCUGCUCAUAAUGCUAAUCAUCAGACUCUAAAAAAAAUGCUAAUUAUCAGAGUAAACAUAAUAACUAAUACUCAAAACACUUUUCAUUUACUCUCUCCGUUCCAUUUUACCUUUCUUACUUUCCUUUUUGGGUUGUCCCAAAAUAAGU